CGCUUGCUAUCUGCCUAGACUGUCAAUCAAGCUUCAUCUCUCCUCCAUCCCGUAUACGUGCCAGCCUAUACGUGCCAGCCUUACAAUGAUUCUUAUAUAAAUAGUCGUAUCAAUUGAAGAAUUAUUUUUACAAGCUUGAAUAUCUGAAGAUUUGAUAAUUCCAAGAUUUGAAGAUUUACAAGGAUACACCAGAGAUAUACAAACACACAAACAACAUGGGGAACUCGUUCAGCCAGAGUUUCUGGAUCCCCGCGCCGGUCCUUACAGAAAAAGAACUCCGUGAUCAAUCUGGAAAGGUCUUCAUCGUGACAGGCGGCUACGCAGGCGUCGGUUUCGAACUGACCAAGAUCCUCUACUCCAAGAAUGCCACCGUCUACGCGGCCGGCCGGACCCGCGACAAGGCCCUCAAGGCAAUCGAGCGCAUCAAGGCCGCGCAUCCGCAAUCCAAAGGCCGAGUGGAGUUUCUGAGCGUAGACCUGGGCGACCUAGCGACCAUCAAGCCUGCCGCGCAGGAGUUCUUGAGUAAAGAGAAGCGGCUGGAUGUGUUGUGGAAUAAUGCGGGCGUGAUGACUCCUCCUGUGGGAAGGAAAUCGACGCAGGGCCAUGAAGUCCAAAUGGGCACGAAUUGCCUGGGCCCGUUCCUGUUCACGCAGGAAUUAGUCCCGAUUCUUCAGAAAACUGCAGCGUCGUCGCCCCCUGGAACCGUACGCGUUACUUGGGCGGGCUCGUUGGUCGUCGACGUGCUUGCGCCAAAGGGUGGAGUGGUGCUCGACGAUGCUUCAGGCAGGCCAACGGUGUUUAAUCGGCCAGAGGUCGAUUACGGCCAGAGCAAGGCGGGGAAUGUACUGUUGGGAUCCGAGUUUGCGAGAAGAUAUGAAAAGGAUGGGAUUGUUAGUUUGAGCUUCAAUCCCGGAAACCUCAAAACGGAUCUCCAGCGCGAACAUAACAUUGUUACCAGGACAAUCAUAGAAAUCCUGAUUACAUACCAUCCAAUCUACGGAGCCUAUACGGAGCUCUUUGCGGGUCUGUCAGAUGAUCUCACGCUGCAAAAUACCGGCCAAUACAUUAUCCCGUGGGGCCGUCUGGGUCCGAUUCGACAGGACAUUGUUCCGGGGCUGCGCAGCACGUCUGAAGGCGGAAAGGGCGUGGCCGAGCAGUUCUGGGCUUACUGCGAGCAGGAAACUCGGGCGUUUGCUUGAGCUGUAUUUGAUCCUUUCGCGUUGUCUUAUGGCGCAUUGUUGGAGACGAGACCCUGGUAUAUAUGGAGUUUCUGUAUUGACAGGUAGUGGAAAAGCCUUGACGCUUUUGUCUUAAUCGAGCC